UAUUUUACAUUACACUAUAUUCUUUAUUUAUUGCUAUAAUCAUAUUUUACAUUACACUAUUUUCUAUAUUUAUUACUUGUAGCAUUGAUGCAACCCAUGAUAUAUUCACACAAGGCCGCAUGAUAAAUGAUGCAGAAAAUGGGGACAUUUUGCAAAACUGCAUUAUGAAAAUAGUGCCGGUCGAUGAUAGUCCCCGACUAUGUAUAUUCGCAACCCGUUUGAUAGCCAAGGGUGAAGAGUUACGAUAUGACUAUGGGGUGACAAAUCUGCCUUGGAGAAAGAAAAACAAACAGAAAUUGCAAGGUUCACAACAGUCAGGUGAUGAACCGAAUUCCGAAGGCCUCGAUGUGAAGAAGGGAUCCUCUACUGGUUCACAACAGUCAGGUGAUGAACCGAAUUCCGAAGGCCUAGAUGUGAAGAAGGGCUCCUCUUCUGAUACAACACAAACAGGCAAUGAACUUGAGUCCGAAGACUUUGAAAUGAAGCAACUCACUGAUACCGAAAACAGUAUUUCAACCCCUAAGAAUUCCAACAAACGACAGUCAACUAGCAUGCUAGAGACUCAGGUCAAUAAAAUGCCACGAAUAUUGAAAUCUCCGCAAAACGUUGGGGAAACUCGUUUGUCCGUGGCUAAGAACCUUGCUGAAGAAGUCAGUGAGGAAGACGUCUCAUCGUCAAGACGCAGUGCAAGGGCAGUGGUUCCUAACAGCCGAUGCAAGGACAUUGUGGACCUUACAACAACGGCAGUUGGGAAACAGAUGCCAGGUCCAGGGGAUAUUGUCACGAUUAUAGCUGGCAUGGAUGAUGUUCUUACUCCAGUGUCUAAGGUUCAGGACCCAGAGAGCAGCAAUCCAGAGGGCAAGGACGUGAAUAAGGCUGCUGGUUUCCAUGGUUACGUAAAGCAUACUAGUAAGUCUGGCGGCCAAGAACUGGUGGAGAUUCUCCAUGAUGUCUUCCUGAAGGAAGUCUACGAAGAUGGAUACACAUUGGACCCAGAGACAGAGUCAAAGGUUGCGCUCACCAAUAAUGAUGCAAAUGCAUACACAUCUUACGCCAGCAACGUUUGCAAAGAAGAUGACGUUGGAUUAGGGAAAACACUGUCGAAGGGCCAGACUAAAGUUAAAGGUAAUUAUUGA